GAACCUUUGCCAAAAAAACGUAGACGCACAACUACAACACCGAAAAAAUUACCUCAGGAGACAAAGCUCAUGUCUACUCGCAAGAGAUCUUCAAGUUCACAAUCGUCCACCUCCAAUAGUAAAGCAACAUCAGGUGAACCUUGGAGUACGCAAGAAGAUAAACUCUUAAUUGAUAGUAUGUUGGGUUUAAUUCCUUCAGUUCCUUGGUCAGAAUUUGCUGGAAAAUUUCCAAAAAGAAAUGUUAAAAGUUUACAAAAUCGAUGGCAAUCUUUGAAAAAAAAGCUACAUGGAUGA